CAAGCUCUUACUAUAUGCUCAUAUGAACGCAUCGGAUAAGCAAGGCUGCAGAUGGAAUGGAACCAAAACGACUCAGUCAAAUUGGCCAGCUCUUGGCCGAUCUUGGACGGAGUCACAAUGAGGGGAACCUUGAAGAUGGCAGAACUUCACGAGAUCUCUUGAGCCGGGCGGUGCUCCCAUUGAGAGGCAGGCUCUGAUAUAAAUAGUCAACCUUGGGAGAUGCCAUGAUGGAAUACUACGCUCGUCGGCUUGAUCUUCGUCCUUCAAGCUGUUGACACGUUGAAAACAUCAAACAUCUAGCUGGGCAGCAUUCAAUAUUUAGUCGAGAUGAAGAUCACCACACUCGCAGCCACCGCGCUCGCCGGCGCCACCCUCUCAUCCGCAGCAAUCUCCCUCCCCAACGGCUGGUUCGCCAUCGCGCCCGACGAGAAGCUGAAAUCCGGCAAACUCGACGGCGAGCCCCGGUACCUUACAUGGAUGGCCGACUCCCAGAUCAAGCACGGCGUAGAGCCGACCUACGCUUAUACAAUCUCAGCCUUCUACUCGGGCGUCCUGCGCGCCUUUGAGAGGACCGGCGACAAGCGGUACUACAACUACGUCAAGCAUGCCACAGAUAUCCUCCUCUACCCUUCCCAAGACGGCGAGAUCCUCCUCUACAACAACAGCAACUCCAUCGACGACAUCCGCUUCGGCCACACCUUUCUCGACAUCUACAACGCCACCGGCGAUGAAAUCUACAAGACCGCCGCGCAGACCCUCCGUCACCAGAUCGAUCGCACAGGCCGCUCCCCGGACGGCGGCUUCUACCAUCGCUACCCCGUCUACAUUGACCAGAUGUGGCUCGACGGCAUCUACAUGCUCGACGUCUUCUACGCUCGCUGGAUCGCCGAGUUCGAACCGGAUAACACCACCGCGUGGGACGAUAUCGCGCUGCAGUUCGAUCUCGUCACCGCGGGUACGAUCCUCGGGAACGCGACAAACGGCUUGCCGCUUCACGGCUUCGACUGGAGUAAGAAGGCCAUCUGGGCUGACCCGGAGACGGGCGCCUCGCCUAAUGUAUGGGGCCGCGCUGUUGGGUGGUACGUCAUGGCGCUCGUCGACACUCUUGAGCUCUUCCCCCUGAACCAUCCGGCUCGCGAGCGUCUGAUUGGGUAUCUGCAGCACGUCUCGGACGCCGUUGUUGCUGCACAGGAUGAGAAGACAAAGGGAUGGUGGCUCGUCAUGACGCCAGGUACCGAGGGCCAGUGGGGCAACUACAUUGAAAGUUCGGGGUCCGCCAUGUUUGUGUACGGCUUGCUCAAGAGUCUUCGUCUGGGCUACAUCGAAGGCGAGACUUAUCUUAAGUCUGCGCUUAGCGGAUACAAGUUGAUGACGGACACGUUCUCCGACACGCGCAAAAGUGAUAAUGCUCUCGUCUGGGGGUGGACUGUGCAGACUGGCAGCUUGAGCUCCAACGGCACGUUUGAGUACUAUGCUAGCAUGCCCCUGUUUGAGAACGAUCUGAAGGGUGUUGCUCCCUUCCUCUUUUCCAGUUAUGAGUACGAGUUGUACCUAGAACAGAAGAAGUAA